AUGGCAACUCCCGCAGAGUCACCCCAGUCGGCCUACCAGCCUCGGUAUAUUGAUAUCGGCAUCAAUUUGGCCGAUCCCAUUUUCCGAGGUCUGCAUCACGGCAAGCAACGUCAUCCCGAUGACCUUGAAGGCGUCAUCUCAAGAGCAAAGGAAGUUGGGUGCUCCAAGCUGAUCGUUACGGGCUCCGACUUUACUAGCUCUAGAGACGCUCUGGAAAUUGCCAAGCAGUAUCCCGGCGUCGUAUACACGACGAUUGGGAUUCACCCGUGUAGCAGUGCGGUAUUCAGCAGCUCCGGCGAAGCCGCCGAGGGCAUGCACACUGACCCGGACCCAUCCAAACCUAUCCCGGACACCCAUGAACCAGACCCCACCAAGACGGAGGCCAUUAUCAGCGAGCUCCGUGACCUUAUCAAGGACUCAACUGCCUCCAAAUCCGGCCUCGUCGCCUUUGGCGAGUUCGGCCUCGACUAUGACCGUCUGCACUACUGUUCCAAGACCAUUCAGCUCCACUCUUUCGCCGCACAGCUCGAUCUCGUCCUCGAGACGAAGCCCCAGCUGCCCCUCUUCCUUCACUCGAGGGCCGCCCAUGAUGACUUCGUACGCCUGCUCAAGGAGAAGUUCGGCGAAAGACUCGAAAACCUCGAGAAGGGCGGCGUGGUCCAUAGUUUCACUGGCACCAUCGAGGAGGCCAGAGAGCUGAUGGACCUCGGCUUGUACAUUGGCAUCAACGGUUGUAGCUUCAAGACCCAGGAGAACUGUGAAGUCGUCAGGCAGAUCCCGCUUGACAGGAUGAUGAUCGAGACCGACGGCCCAUGGUGCGAGAUCCGGCCGAGCCAUUUCGGUUUCAAGUAUCUCAUCGAGAAGAAGCCCGAGGCCAACGGUACCAUGGACGGGGCUGCAAUACAGGAACCUGCUCAGGGGCCUCCUCAGGGUAAGAAGCGGAGCCAUAAGAAGGAGCCCGAAGUUCCCGAACGCUUCAAGGUCGUCAAGAAGGAGAAGUGGGAGGAGGGCGCCAUGAUCAAGGGCCGGAACGAGCCCUGCAUGAUUGAGCGUGUCGCCAAGGCUGUGGCGGGCAUCAAAGGAGUGGAAGUCGAGGACAUCUGCGAGGCAGCUUGGAGAAGCACUGUCAAGGUUUUCGCUGUCGAUCGCUAG